GCGGUCAUCCGGGUACUCGCCAGGGCUGCCGCAGGAAGAAGGUAAGAGAGCUGGCUUUGAAAGAGUAAACACAACAAAGACGGUUUGUUGAAGAGGACAUGGCUGAUAACAGCGACGACGAGUACGACCGGCGGCGAAGGGACAAAUUCCGUCGGGAGAGAAGCGACUACGAUCGCUCCAGGGAGCGAGACGACAGGAGGCGUGAUGAUUGGAACGACAGAGAGUGGGAUCGAGGCCGUGAGAGGCGGAGCAGAGCGGAGUACCGCGAUUACGACCGGGGCCGGCGAGAGAGAUUCUCCCCGCCUCGGCACGAGCUGAGCCCGCCGCAGAAACGCAUGAGGAGGGACUGGGAUGACCACAGCGGUGACCCCUACCACGGUGGCUAUGACAUGCCCUAUGGGGGUGGGGGACCCCCCAGUUACGGCCCCCCUCAGCCUUGGGGACACCCCGACAUGCACAUAAUGCAGCCGCACCAUGGCAUCCCCAUCCAGGCAAGGCUGGGUAACCUCCAUGAUCUGGACAUGGGCCCCCCUCCUCCCGUGAUGAAGACCUUCAAGGAGUUCCUGCUCUCCCUGGACGACUCUGUGGACGAGACGGAGGCCGUGAAGCGAUACAACGAGUACAAGAUCGACUUCCGUCGGCAGCAGAUGCAGGACUUCUUCCUGGCGCACAAGGACGAGGAAUGGUACGCUGCUGCACUGCGCCCCUCUCGCGCUGCACCAAAUUCACUGCGUCUGUGGAUAGUACCUGGACCAGAGGAGAAGGCACCCGACAUCCUCAAGGUCCUUGAUGCAGCGGUCAUCAAAAUGGAGGGCGGGACAGAACACGACCUACGCAUCCUGGAACAGACCACAGAGGAGGAAGAGAAUAAGCACGAGAAAGGGGGGCCGGGCGGAGGGGAGACCCUCAAGAAAGAGGAGCCGAGAGGCGGGGACAGCGACCGCAAACUGGCCGACAAGGAGGACAAGAAAGAGGAGAAGGGGGAGAGCGGGGGUGAAAGCGUGGAUGAUAAAGUCAUGAAGUCCUCGGAGGAUGAGGGAGAGAAGGCAGCCACUAAGGAAGAGCCGGAGAGCAAGAAGGUGAGCAAGAAACGCAAGAGGAAGCACAGCGGGGAUGACAGUUACGAUGAAGACGAAGGCAGCGCGUCCGACUCUGACUCUGAAUCUGAGAGCGAGAAACCAGAGGAGGAGGAGAAAGAGGAAGAGGAGGAGACUGUGGAGCCCAAGGAGAGAGGAGAGGGGGAGAAACCGAAGGAGGAGAGGAAGGGGAAGGAGGAGAAGAAAGAGAGGGAGCGGAAGGGGAAGGAGGAGAGGAAGGUGGAGCUCACCCCGCGCCCGCUCCACAAGACCUGCUCCCUGUUCAUGAGGGGCCUCGCACCCAACAUCUCCAAGGCAGAGAUUGUAGCGCUGUGCCGAAGAUAUCCAGGAUUCAUGAGAGUUGCGCUUUCAGAUCCACAGCAAGACCGAAGGUUUUUCCGAAGGGGCUGGGUUACGUUCGACCGCAGCGUCAAUAUCAAAGAGAUCUGCUGGAGCUUGCAGAAUAUCCGCCUGCGAGACUGCGAGCUGAGCCCUGUGGUGAACAAGGACCUGGUACGCAGAGUCCGCUACGUGAGCGGCAUCACGCAGCACAAGCAGGUCCUGCGCAACGACAUCAAGCUGUCUGCCAAGCUGAUCCACGCCUUGGAUGAGAGAGAGCUGCUCUGGCGCUCCAAGGACAAGGGCAAGGGGGACAGCAUUGCGAUGGCAGCUCAGAACCCGAUCCUGAAGAACAUCACAGACUACCUGAUUGAAGAGGUGAGCGCCGAGGAGGAGGAGCUGCUGGGGAGCAGCGGGGACCAGCCCGAGGAUGGGGUGAAGGAAGGGAAUCCCACCGAGGUCACCAUCGAGAGGGACGACAAGCUGGUCAAGGUGCUGGACCGGCUGCUGUUGUACCUGCGUAUCGUUCACUCCAUCGAUUACUACAACAGCUGUGAGUAUCAGUGUGAGGACGAGAUGCCCAAUCGCUGUGGCCUGCUGCAUGUCCGGGGCCCAGUCCCCCCAAACCGCAUCACACACGGGGAAGUGGUGGACUGGCAGAAGACCUUUGAGGAGAAGCUCAACCCGCUGUUCAGUGUGAAGGAGAUCAUCUCCGAGGAAGAGGCCAAGAAGAUGGGUAAGAAGGACCCCGGGCAAGAGGUGGAGAAGUUUGUCUCUGCAAACACACAGGAGCUGGGCAAGGACAAGUGGCUGUGCCCGCUGAGCGGCAAGAAGUUUAAGGGCCCAGAGUUUGUUCGCAAACACAUUUUCAACAAGCAUGGGGACAAGAUCGAAGAGGUCAGGAAGGAGGUGAUUUUCUUCAACAAUUUCCUGAUGGAUGCCAAGCGACCCUCGCUGCCUGAAAUCAAACCUCCCCCUCCCCCGGUGCCAGGUGUACUGAAUCAAGGAGUGCCCUACCCUCACCAAUCGCCACAGAGUCUGAUGGGAUACGGACAGCCUCGUCCUCCACUCAUGGGAUACGGAGGUGGGCCCCCGUACCCUCCGAACCAGUACGGCGGGGGGCGAGGAAAUUAUGACUCGUUCCGGGGGCAGGGCGGUUACCCAGGGAAACCACGGAACAGGAUGAUCCGAGGAGACCCUCGAGCCAUCAUAGAGUACAGAGAUCUGGAUGCGCCAGAAGACGUCGACUUCUUUUAAACUGUCAAUUUAAAAAAAAAUUAAUUGAUUUUUUUUUUUUUUUUAUUCUGAAUGAUGCCCUGACUCUUUUUUUUUUUUUUUUUUUUUUAAAUCAUCCCUAUACUAACAUCUCUCAAAUGUUUUUGUCCAUGUAUAUUUCACUCCACCUGACCCUAAACUGUACACCUGCAAUUUUCCAAUAAAAAACUAUGAACAAAAAAAA